AAAAAAGAAUAAUUUUAGCACAGUACACAAGGUGUAGUUUUUUUACAGCCGCCAACUAUUAUCCUAUCUUUACGUUAGAUCGAAUGAGCAAACACAUGCGACUAGUGUCAGUUUGUUCAAGUAUUAAAUCGGCACGUACUUUUUAAAGGCCCUAUGAUUAAGGGCCAGUAAAGUCAACAGCCCAUUGCUAUAUGCAAACAUAGGACUAUACAAAAGUUAUAGGAGCCUAUACGUUAACGGUUAUUGUUGCACUGUGGGUCGGUACUUAUAAAAAAUUCGAUAUAACUUCAAGUGCAGAUUAUGCAACCGAUUGUCCCAGUGCUGCUUAAACUCAUAGCAUAAACACAAACGUUACACAUUUAUAAUAGUCAUAUUGUGCGUUGAUUCAUAGCGUCAUAUAUACGGGUGCUGACACAACAUUUACACGUUAUAUGUAGCAAAUGUAUAAACUGUAGCUACAGUAUGUUGUGAUGUCGCAUGGUGAGGUACAACGGCGAUAUCGGGGCCCUAUACUACCUUCCGUAUCGUCGGUUGGCAGCUUGCAAAGGUAUAUAGAAUACUGCUGGCUGAUAUGAAGCGUUUUGUUAUAAGUGUUAUGUGUAUAACUUUGUAGGGUACAAAUCAGACUGCAUUUACAACGAGCUGCGAGGCAGAACAACAUUCGAGCCGUUCUAAGAAAUGGUGACGUCAACCGACACGCUUGACUGACGUUGGAAGAUAUCGUGACAUCACAAAUAUUAUUGUGACGUAACUAAGAUGCCUGAAACCGAUCGAUUGGCGAAGUUGAUCGAGCAUAGAAAACAACAGGAAAAGAAGAACGACAAACUACGUAUACACAGAAACAAACUUGAAAAUGACCGCCUGGUGGCACAAGAGUCCUACCUCGAUUGGAACAAGAAACUUCGUGAAAAGGAGUUUACAUCAGCGGAGACGGAAUACAUGAGAAAGUUGGAACGAAUCUACGAUCGACAACUUAAUAUUCAAGAUGAAAGAAAGAAGAUUGAAGAGAAGAAAGCAAUACAAAAAAAAGAAAAAAAGAAAAAACUUGAAACGGAGUCGAUGGUACACGAGGUGACAGAAGAAGAACGACUUCGCCAACUCUUCGGUGUUAAACAAGAAAAAGCAAAGUUUUUUAUGACCAAAGCAAAAACGCUUUCUGGGGGAUAUCGAGACAAUGACCCACCACAAGCGUAUUACAAAAGAAAUGGACUCGUUCCUCCGGACAGGCUGGUAACCCCUGAAAUGAGCGCAGCAGCACAAGCCAGCUUGGGAGGAGGAAGUCGACCUCCGUCAUCUUCCAACCAUCUCAACAAACCAACCCUCCCUGCCGAAACACCAUUUGGUGUAACAGAAAAACGACCGGCUUCUUCAAAGCGAAGACGGCCGGCGUCACGAAGUCGAAUCGAGAGUAAUAUUUCUGAAGUAACUGCCCCACUUAUGUCAUCUGAUGAGGAAAGCACAGACACAGCUAUCGAGGAAGUGAUUCGUGUUCAGGUGAAUCUAAGACCAAGUACAGCACCUGGGAAGAGAAAGAAACCGCGAGCUAUAAAAGAAAGUGGAAUGGUGACAACUGUGGAGGAGGAGGAGGGAAGACAAAGACCAUCCACAGCUGCAGCUUUUGUGAGGUUCGGAGAAGCGGAGAAAAUAGGGGAGGAAGAGCAAAGAGGGUUAGAUUCCCCGGAGGAUAAAUCACCAAAGAGUCCAGGACGAAGAAGACAAAGCCUAAAAGCUCCGAACAUGCUCCUCUUUCGACGUAGACCUUCAGGGGUGUCAGGUGGCCCAAGGAGCGCGGUCUCCGCCCCAACGACACCACGAGGCCAUAGAGGUAGCAUCCAGCAAACCAUGAUGAGUAACGUGCAGCAAGAUCGGAUUCGCAUAAAGAUGUUACAGAAGGCGAGAUGUCUACAGCAGGAACGCAUACGGCGAGAAUUACUUCGCAUUGCGGCCACUAAGCCUGACGUUAAGACCGAAACUGUAAGCAGAGAUGUCCCUUUGUUUCCUCAGAAGUUUAAAACACUUCCCUAUCGAACCAGAACUAAGGUAACAGUGCCACCUCGGGAUCCACAAAGUGCUGCGCAACGCGACGCAAUGCUAAGUUACGUCCAGCGCUGUGAACGUGGCUAUAUCAUGGGUGACAUUUACGAGGCGAAACAGCAGCUACUCGACGCAACCACGACCAGGACAUUGAAUCUUCAAGCUGAAGUAGAAAGCUUUGUUAAAGUUUAAACCGAAAACAGUGUCAAUUUGAGCGCCAAAUUAAUGAAAGCCUGGAAUUCUUUCAAUACACGCAAUCGCAUGCAAAAAUGACCACAACAGCAAAUAUACCUCUAUAAAUAUGUAGCCAUGUUUGCGAAACUGCAGUAUGAAGUAUAUACCAUGCCCACGAUACUGUUAUGCAAUUACAGAAAGUAAUUUGUGGUGGGCCAUAUGUCACAUAGUGCUUUGGUAACUGACAAUUUACUAUAACUCUUCCAUUUUCUAUCUUUUACUAUCCGCGCUUAUUACUUAGCUCCGAUUUUAAUUAUUCUCUGUUAAUUGUCCUUAAUUUUCCAAUGUUAGUUUUUUCACUUAUUAUAAUAAAUUAUGAUUAAUAUUUUGCAUAGAAAA